AUGUUAGUCAACAAGAAGCUCUUGAAGAAUAACUGGCACAUCAUAACGAUCAAAUCACCAAAUGUAAUGGCAGUUGAGCUAGUGGGCGACUUUGGAAAGGUACUGCCACCGGGAACAGCCACCUUAGAAGCAUCAAACACAAGAAAUCUCACACAUCCAGACAACACCUUUUGUUCAAUGCAAAUGGAACAGAUGGUCACUCAAUGCAAUGUCAAACUGCAACUCCGCCCGGUCAUAACAGACCACUUCCCGAUCAUAACCGUCCUAGAUCUAGAACCCGAACGCGCCAUAUCAACGCCUAAGCACAACUACUGGGAGACCGACUGGAAGAAAUUUAGAGAACACCUAUCGGACAAGCUAAGUGCCAUCCCCCCUCCAGCAGAACUCACGACCCGCACACUGUUUGAACAGGCUCUGGCAGCACUAACAAGUAGGAUAACGGAGACAGUGGAAGCCAAGAUCCCAAAAACCAACCCCUCCCCAUAUGCCAAAUGUUGGUGGUCAAAGGAACUAGACGCAGAAUGA